AUGAAAUCAUCUUCAUCAGUGUGUUCGAUGGAUGGUUGUAAAAAACCUGUCACUUGUUUAUGUCACCAUUGUCAAAAGAAUGUAUGUUCAAAGCAUUUCAAUGAACACCAAUCUCAAGUAAAUGAUGAAUUAAUACCUAUGGCUGAUCGUCUUAAUGAACUCAAGAUGAAAAUUCAAAUUAAUGAACAAACAGGUCCAUUAGCUAUGCUACAAAUAUGGCGUAAUAACAAAUAUCAUGAAAUAGAUGAAGAAUAUCAUUUUCGACUAGAAAACGUGAAAAAGAAUAUAAGCAAAUAUAAUGAACAAAUUUCGGAAACUAUUUCCAAUAUAAAAGAACUUAUUGUUGAAGGUGAUGCAUCUAUUGAUCAAGUUAAACAAAUAGAAAGAAAAAUUGAAACUCUAACCGAUGAAGUGAACAAUUUAAUGAGUAGUGAAUCCACAAUGACUCAAAAAGAAUCUAAUUUGCUUGGCACAGUCAUAAAUAUGGGUAGUAUUCAGUAUCUUGUCAAAGCAAAAGUUAAAUGUAAUGCGAAAGAUUUAUAUGGAUUGGAAAGUACCAGAGCUUUUACAGGAUACAAUGGAUUAUGUCCAGAAUGUGGCAAAGCUCAUGUCUUAUUUGAAAAAUAUCGAGGAUUUUAUGCUCUAUGCAAUACUCUUCAUGCUCGAAUUCAUAGUGAAAGAGAGAAAGAAAGCUAA